AUGUCUCUUUCGCGUGAGGAUUCCGUUUAUUUGGCCAAGCUCGCUGAACAAGCUGAGCGUUAUGAGGAAAUGGUCGAGAACAUGAAGGCCGUUGCUUCUUCUGGUCAAGAGCUUUCUGUUGAGGAGCGUAACCUUUUGUCCGUUGCUUACAAGAACGUUAUUGGUGCUCGUCGUGCCUCUUGGAGAAUUGUUUCCUCUAUUGAACAAAAGGAGGAGGCUAAGGGUAACGAAGCACAAGUUGCCUUGAUCCGUGAAUACAGAGCCAAGAUUGAGACUGAGCUGACCAAGAUCUGUGACGAUAUCUUGUCUGUAUUGACAAACCAUUUGAUUCCAUCCGCCGCUACUGGUGAAUCAAAGGUGUUCUAUUACAAGAUGAAGGGUGACUACCACCGUUAUUUGGCUGAGUUUGCCACCAACGAUAGACGUAAAGAGGCUGCUGAUUUGUCAUUAGAGGCUUACAAGGCUGCUUCUGAUGUUGCUGUCACAGAGUUGCCACCAACUCACCCAAUCCGUCUCGGUUUGGCUUUGAACUUCUCUGUUUUCUACUAUGAGAUUCUCAACUCUCCAGACCGUGCCUGCCAUUUGGCCAAACAAGCUUUCGAUGAUGCCAUUGCUGAGCUAGAUACCUUGAGCGAGGAGUCUUACAAGGAUUCUACAUUGAUCAUGCAAUUGCUUCGUGAUAACUUGACCUUGUGGACUUCUGAUAUGUCUGAAGCUGGUCAAGAAGAUGCCCCAGCUGAGGAGAAGCCAGCUGAUGCCAAGGCUGACGAGGAAUAA